AAAGUAAAGUAAAGUAAAAGUAAAUUAAUUUUUCCUGCUGGUUUCAAAAGCUGUGAUAUAUUUCUGCCAGCUCUGAAGGGCUGACAGCUCCCUGCAAAGCAGGAGGGAAGUGUAAAUUACCUGUACUUCCACAAGGACACGGGGGAAAUCAGAGUUUUAGAAAUCAGUGUUUUUUAUUGCCAGUCAAUCUCCCCUUUGUUUGCCAGAGUGGAUCAAUAUGAUCGAUAUGUGAGCUAGCCAACUGAGAGCACAGAGGAAAAGCAGCAUGAAGCAGAAAACCUGGGAGCUUUACAAAUCAUUCUCUCUUUACCUCCUGCUGCUGUCUCCACCCUCGGUAUGUUGUGACUCCUCCUGGAAAGCAGUGAUGCUGAAAUCUGCCAGGGGUGGAUCAGCUCAGUCCCGUGCAGUGCUUCUGCCAGCUGGCAGUGCAGAAGAGCUCUGCUUUCCCUGCCUCCUCGUCCCCCUCUGCAGGGUGGAAACCUCCACAUGCUGUGUUUUCAUGAAAGCCUCAGACCAGCUAUGAGAGCACAGCUUUCUAACCUGUGUGUGAGCUGGAGUCUGGGAAGGAUUCACCUGUCUGGUAACUGAAUUUACAAAGGCUCAAAGUCCAGGUGCUCUCAGGUGAGUGGAGGACAGGACAGCAAUGGGACUGUGACUACAUGGAGAAUGUGCCCUGGGGCUACAGCUCAUCCACGCUCUGCUCCACGUCCCCCAUUUCAGGGUACCAUGGAGAACAUGUGCUGAGAUCAAGUGCCGGGCAGGAGCAGCAGUGUGCUAAUGAAGAUGGAGAAUGACACAGGGGACGAGCAGAACCACACUGGGCUGCCGCUGUCAAGCCAGGAGAUCAUUACAGCUGAAUACCAAGUGGUUACCAUUCUCUUGGUCCUCCUCAUUUGCGGACUGGGCAUCGUGGGCAACAUCAUGGUGGUUUUGGUGGUCCUCAGAACCAAACACAUGAGAACUCCCACUAACUGCUACCUGGUGAGUCUGGCUGUGGCAGAUCUCAUGGUGCUUGUGGCUGCAGGACUGCCCAAUAUCACAGAAAGUCUGUACAGAUCCUGGGUAUAUGGCUACGUGGGGUGUCUCUGCAUCACUUAUCUCCAGUACCUAGGGAUCAAUGCUUCUUCUUUUUCCAUCACUGCUUUCACUGUCGAGAGAUACAUAGCUAUCUGCCACCCAAUCAAAGCUCAGUUCCUAUGCACUUUUUCAAGAGCCAAAAAGAUCAUUAUUUUUGUCUGGGCUUUCACCUCCAUAUACUGUAUGAUGUGGUUUUUCCUGCUAGACCUCAAUACAGUAGUCUACAAAGACACCACUGUUGUGUCUUGUGGCUACAAGGUGUCCAGGAGCUAUUACUCUCCUAUCUACAUGAUGGACUUUGGUAUAUUUUAUGUUUUGCCAAUGGUAUUGGCAACUGUCCUCUAUGGCCUGAUUGCUAGAAUACUGUUCCUGAACCCCAUCCCUUCGGACCCAAAAGAACACUCUAAGGCAUGGAGGAAUGACGUGGCUCACCAAAACAAGCCUGUGAAUUCCAAGACGACUAACAGGAGUUUCAAUAGCACUAUUGCUUCUAGAAAGCAGGUCACCAAGAUGCUGGCUGUGGUGGUCGUCUUAUUUGCAUUUCUUUGGAUGCCCUACCGAACACUGGUGGUUGUCAACUCUUUUCUUUCCAGCCCCUUUCAAGAAAACUGGUUCCUGCUAUUUUGCAGAAUCUGUAUUUAUUUAAAUAGUGCCAUCAAUCCUGUAAUUUACAAUCUCAUGUCCCAGAAAUUCAGAGCAGCCUUCAGGAAACUCUGCAACUGCCAGCAGAAGCGGGAAAAAAAACCUGCCAGUUACAGUGUGGCCCUAAAUUAUAACGUCAUCAAAGAGUCUGAUCACUUCAGCACUGAGCUAGAAGAUAUUACCGUCACCAAUACCUAUCUGUCCUCUGCAAAAACAUCCAUCGGCGACACGUGUUUGUCGUCUGGGGUAACAGAUAAUGCCUUUUGAUAUUUGGCCUGAGAUCCACCUUGUUCUGAGUAUGCAGCCAUACAAAUCCUUCAGAUGCUCUGUUCCCACCAACCUGUAUGAAAUACAAAGGCAUUUCUGCUCGCAAAACUGCUGGAGUUACCAUAUAUCUCUACAUAUCUGUCUGCUUCAUACAAGGAAACAGAAUUUUGGGGGGAAUUAAAGCAAUAUACUGCCAAGUCUAAUUGAAUGAAGCACUUAAUGUAACUUUAAGCAGGUGAGUUGACUUCAGCGGAAUAUGCAAGUCCUACACCUCACAUAUAAGAGAUGAAGAAACUUGGAGACUGCCAAACAGUAGUGCACGCUUCUCAAAAGAGCAAGGCUGCCUGGGACAUCACUAUGGACAGAGAGCAGGACAGAGCCUUCUUACAUGCUGCUGCAUGUCCUGGGAGUGCUCACACUGCACUGGGUGCCCAAGAACAGCUGGAACUGAAAUGCAGAUCUAGCAGUAGAUAUCAUAACAUGCUUCAAAAAACAGAUAUCUGAUAGAUCUGAUAGCAAAGAGCAUGAAAUCUUUUUUUUUUUUUUUUUUUUUUUUACCAUGAACAGGUUGAAAUAUGAAGGCUCUUCAAUCAAUUCACAGCAGGGAAUAAACAAAUUAAAAAAUCAGUAGGAAGCUUUCAAAAACUUAUUUUUUUUCAGCCAGCUAGUUUAGAGAUGGACCACAUGAAAUAUAAGUUUCAGCUAAAACUGAAUCCUCUCUGAACCUGACAUAUACUAGAGAGUACUGGACAGGUUUUUACUAGUUAAUUUUAUCUUAGUUCAGCAGUAAUUGUCUCUCAGGCUGCUACAAGAGGUUUAUGGCUUCAGUAUAGGUAAUGCCUACAGAAAAGAGGAAAACAAUGAAAAAAAAAGUCAGAGUUCUCUUCAUUUUUCUUUUCAAAGAGUAUCCAUUAUAAUAUUGCAGGAUAUAAGAAGUGUCUUGAAAGGUUGAUUGGCUGUAUAUUUGUCUGGAAAGAGAAAAUGCUGUGAAAGCAUUGCUACCUUUUCUUAAUUUUCCAAGUUCUUUGUCAUGUUUCCCUUUCCCUUUUCCUGACCCGCAGCCUUUGCUGUGUCCUCUCCACUGGUGCCACUUCUCAGCUGCAUGAGCAGCACCAACUGCAUGCAACGGGCCAAUGGGCCAUCAGUGUAGUGCCUGAACACCCACACAGCUGGAAGGUGGGUGUCAGGAUUCUUCUGCUUUUUAAAUAACAAGGAAAAGGUACAAUAGAGUAAAUCACUUAGCAGACAAGUGGGCAAAGCUGGCUGAGGCUCAAUAGUCACAAGGGAAGAAUACUGAUGUUAGAGAUGAGUGCAUAGCAAUCAUAUUUCAUAAAUACAAUAUAGCAGGGGUAUAGGCAUUCAGCAAGCCUUUCCUUGUUCAGAGAUCAAUGUGAAAUUUGAGUUCUGUGGCAUUUCAUUGCUCACUCUUGCCUAAAACUACAGCAUCCUAUCAUAAAGGCAGUCAGAAAGAGCUACCACAAGCCAUAUAACGCUUCCUGCAAAGCAACUGCCACAGUAAAACUAAAUUACCUGGGAAACAUUGCAUAAGCAUUUGUAUUUAUUUAGACACAUCCAAGACAAGAAUCAAUUCCUCGACAUAGAUCAGCAGAGCCUGAUCAUGCAGUCAGGUAGAAUGGCUCACAGCUGCCCCACAGGAUGCUGCUGGAGGACAUGUGUGUGGAGGCGGCCACCCAUGGGGUGGGCAGGGGAUGCACAGCAGCCAGGCAGCUGUGUGCUAGCCAACACAGGCUUACACAUUUAUCCCUACCUCUGCCAGAGAAGCAUGGAUUAAACAAAACUCCUACAGGUUGACAAAAAUCAGAAUUAAAUUCUGUCCUUCCUUUGCCACGUAGCUCCAAGCUAGCUUCCUUUGCUCAUCUAGCUCUGCUUUCUCAGUCUGUGUCCCUAUAGUCUUUUUUUAAGCCCAUAUUUUAGCAAGGUUUCAAUGAAAGGCUAAAAUUUAUGUGGACAAUUUUGUAUACACCUUCAUUUGGAAUAACAAGUAAAAAUGAACGAUUUUAUGCUGAUAUUUGUACAAACAUAAAUGAGUAUUCAUACAAAAUUGUGUGCAUAAAGACAAUAUAUAAAAUCGCAGAAGUAAGUUCAGGUGCAGUUUUAACUCAUAAUUUAUUGUGACUAUGUCUUUAUGGAUGUUAUUCAUGAAAUAUCUACUAAUUUUACACAGAUUCCAACAGCUAGUGCUAUGAAACUUUGCUAGAUAACAUGCUAAUGUGAUUUGAGGUCUAGUUCUAUGUUUGUUCUGUUUAUAACAGCAACCAACCUUUUUUCUUGUAUCUGAGCAUAAUAGAUUAGAUAUGUGGGACUUUAUUUAAAAACUUGUGUGAUUUUAACUUUAGUGAUAAUAUUAUAGCAUAUUUUUUGCUAGUUGUGAAAGUGGCUGGAUGUCAACUACUGACUGAAGUAAUGUAACUAUUUAUAUACAUAUUUUGUGCAUAACAAAUUCCUCUGUAACGUUUAGCUUGAAAGAAUUGUCUGAAUGGUAGCACUAUUGAAAUCCAUGUCUGGAUCCUCGUGUAAUGGUUUUGAUGUAAGAGAUGGGGUUUUUACAGAUUUAUUUAUUUUUUAAUUUUUAAUUUUUAUUUGGAAAUUUACCCAAUAAUUCACAGAAGAUAUAUUGUUGUAGGUUCUUGGUUUUGGAGCUACACUCUUUUCAGUGUAACAUAGUGAGAUGCUGCAAGCUUCAGUGCUGGUAAAUUGUGCACUGUGCAGCUCAGAGAGGUUAGGUGUAUUUAAAGCGUGUUUCAGUUAAAAUUAGUGCAUGGCCUCUUGGAGGUCAGAGUUAAGGAGUGUCCAAGCAGCUCCAAUACUGUGAAGGUGUUUAUGAUGCUGCUGUGGAAAUGAAUGACACAAGUUGUGGAAAGGAAUUGUACAAGACUAAUGAUAAAGCUAUCACUAGCUUCCCUUCAAAAGGAUACUGUCCAAUACAACUGACGGAAAGACUGAUUCUACUUCAGGAGCUGCUGCCUUGCUCUUGUGCUACACAGGAUCAGUCACUCAGCCUUUGCAAGAAGACGGGCAUUUCUCACUUGUUUUUGAAAAGCCAACAAUGCAAACAAACAAACAAAGCAAAGCAAAACAACAUCAAUCUUUCAUUUUCACCAUGUGGGAAAAAAAAAAAAAAAAAAAAAAAAAGAAAAAGAAAGAAAGAAAGAAGGGAAAAAAAGAAACGUUUCAAGAGUGUGCAAAACCAAAGUGUCCUUUCAACAGUGCUGCAUACACUUAUUUGUUUCUCUAUUAUUGUAUGAAUACUAUUGUGUAUAGUUGUUUAUUUGUUUCAAACUGCAGUGAAAUUUCAAAAUGAUCUUUCACCAUUUUGUUUCUACUUUUUGAGAAGGAAUUAUUUAGUUGAUGUUUUGUUGUUUUCAAUAAGAGAUUUUUUUCUCCUGGUUCCUCCAUUACUACUCAGAUAUACUGAUACAGUAAAUAACAGUGAGUAAAUAAAUAGGUUGAGUUUAUGCGACUCAGAUGCCAGAAUUCCUGAAUUCCUUCAUUUUAUAGAUGAAUUCUGGAAAUUUGAAUUAAAAACUAUGGAAGUCCAGCUGAUUUAGAAGGAUUCUCUUUUCCUCCUACCCAGAGUAAUUCUGAUCUCAUUCUGUUACUGCAUGUGGCUUAUAAAGUUGUUUAUUAAUAUGAUUGUGAAAUUGUUCAGUACAUAUUCUGCGAACUAUACCACUGAUAAAUGUAGUCCUCCAAAAAAGGAAGAACAAUUUUUGUGCAAAAGAAGCAUUUUGUAAUUAUUUGAAGCAUGCAACUGUGGAGAUUAAUUUGUGAUGAACUUUUCUUGUUAUUCUAAUAAAAUAUCAAGCAAGACAAUUA